UGUGCAUUUUAAACUGGGCUUGAGGAGCGCGGAGGGAGAAAUGUGCUCCUGAAGCAGAGAAGCAGAUAAACCCGGAGGGGCUCAGGGUCUCCAUGAAUCCACUCCCCAAGAAAGAAAACAGAGAAACCAUGAGCCACGAUGCGUGGAGGAUCCCUGUGGCUGAAUCUGGUGAAGCUGAUGCUGAAUCUCACAUGCAGAACUAACAACUAGAAGAAAAGAUGGAUGACUCUCUUCAGAAGAGUCUGAGUGUUCUGGACCGCCUCCUCCUCACACACUCCAUCUGGCUUCAGCUAUCAAUCAAUCCUGACUCCGCCCUCUGCAUUCUGCAGAGAGAAAUAGUUGGGACUUUUUUGGUAUGUAAGUGUGCAUCUACUCAAAGAAAGGUGUUGUGUGUGAGAGUCCAGGAGAGCAGCGUGAGUGUCACACAGUACCCCAUCCGUGAGGAGGACUCCACAUUCUCUUUAGAGAGUUCAGCCUUGAGCUUUCCUGACCUGUGCAGAUUAGUGGCCUUUUACUGCAUUAGCAGGGAUGUGUUGCCCUUCCCACUGGAGCUUCCUGAAGCUAUCGCUCAAGCCACCAACCACACACAGCUAGAGACCAUCUCACACCUCGGGUUGGACUUUUGGAGUUCUCAGACCUCCCCUGGUCCUCCUAAUGGCCCCCCUGCAGUGUCCGUGCGUCGGACAUCCAGAGCAGGAUCUCCAUGCUUCAUCAACCCCCUCUUCCUGCAGCCCCCCCAACCCAGCCGAGGGGCCUCACACAAGCGGCACAGGUUCAAACGCAGCCUGCGAGUGCGCGUCUCUACUGAGUCCUCAUUCUGUCUGUCUUCUGCGGAACCGGAGUGGAGUGACUCGGACAGACUGAGGGCCAAUCAGGGGGGCUCGCGGAGGGCAGGGGGACUGAGUGUGCUCAGACGAACCCCUGCUCUGGUUCCCACCUCCGAGGAAGAGGAUGAGCACAUGCUGGGAGAAAUGCCUCCAGACACAUCGACACCGCAACAAGAAGAGAUGCAAGAGAUGGUCCAGGAAGAGGGUGUCUGCUUAGCAUUGGAGCGGCGUCGUGCUCCUUCCUUGGCUGAGCUGGACAGCAGCAGCUCCUUCAGCAGCUUGGAGGAGGAGGACUCUCAGCUGGAUGCCAGCAUCCAGUGGCCUCCUGCAGCACGGGGCUCACGUUUCCCCGUGGCUAACCCAGCCUCCACCCUGCGCCGCAUGAGCGCUGCCUUUGUGUGUGUUUUCGCCCCAGAGCGGCGAGUGGCCCGGCUGGUGGAUGAGCUGUCCCGGGACAGGAGAUCUGUCUUCGGCUCCUUGGUCCAGGAGUUCCUUGAGAAGCAGAAGGAGGAGAUGAAAGCCCCAGGCUGGAGCUCCGCCAUGCAGCUACUGCAAGGAAUCAGGAGGUUCCUCUCACAGGCCAAGAGCCUUCUGCUGGAGGCUGGAGAACUGGAACCCCCUAUUGAAACACUUGUACCUGAGAAUGAGAAAGACCUGGCCCUGGAGAAAGCUCUCUUUGGCUGUGUUCUGAAACCACUGAAGCUCCAGCUGGGCCAGACACUGCUCUGCCUCCACACCCAAGACGGCUCUCUCCAGAGAUUCGCCAACAGCCUGCAGGCGUGCCAGCAGGGGACGCUAGAGCGCCUGGGUGUGCGUGCUGGAGUCCUGGAUGCUCAAGGCAUUGAAAGAGCGAAGAAGAAGCUAACUCUAAUGCAGCGGAGCCACUCGCCCAUAGACAAAGUGUUGCUGCUGCUGCAGGUGUGCAAGAGUGUGUACAAGGCCAUGGGAACACAACCUGGUCAGGACUACAGCUCGGAGGAGUUCCUGCCCGUGCUGUCCUAUGUGGUAGUCCAGUGUAACAUCCCUCAACUGCUGUUGGAGACGGAGUACAUGAUGGAGCUGCUGGAGCCAUCAUGGCUGACAGGGGAAGGAGGGUACUACUUGACGAGUGUCUACGCCAGCGUGUGCCUAAUCCAGAGCCAGCCUGGGACCCCAUCCACCAGUGGCUUAACCAACGAAGCCAGAGAGAGUCUGAGAGAGUGGAGCAGAAGAAGGGGCCAAGAGGCCAAGAUCCAAAGAGAAAGCCAACAAAACCAGAGGUUUGUGCGGGUUCUGUUCCAGAACACAGAGCAGAGUGCAGCGCGGACCCUGCACUGGAAGGCCGGUGAGAGUGUGGAGAUGUUAACCCAGACCUGCGCUGGAGCGUUCGGAGUGAGUGACCCUCAGCACUACUGUCUGUUCUGGAGGAACGGAGGGGAGAUGCAGCCUCUUCCUCUACACACACAGCCCCACGAGCUGGGCACGCACGCAGAGGGAGCGGCCACCCUGUCCUACCUCCGCAAGGACCACGACUUCAGCAAGAUGCGCAGGCUGACCAGAGGAGGCGCAGUGGACAUCGAGGAGUCCGUGUGCGAAGAGUGAAGAUGAAGAGAUGAGAGGACUUUGAUUUGUUUCAGUUUCAGCUUCGCGAGAUCCUCUUCACUGGCCCUGAACUCCACUAAGGUUUAGUAUGAAGGCCUGUGGACUGUGCCUGUAUGUGUGUGCGUAUGUGUGGGUGACUGUUUACUUCAGAUGUUGCAAAAAUGCUCAGUUUUGCGUGUCGGUCUGCCACUGAAGACACAGAAAAGCUCACUUUCAGGCUACAAAGCUAGCUGGAAUGGAGAAAGAUCCUUGGCAAUAAUGCUUAAAGCAAUAUUUGCCAGUAAAGGAAUCAGGAACCAUCGUUCUUUUUUUAAACUCUUGCUGCACAGAAUCUAAAUAUCUGUGGUUCUAGUUGUCAGUGUCAUUAGUAUGGUUGCCAAGGGUCUUUGCCUGCCGAACUUCAAUACCAAAGUGUUGAACAUGAUGUCUUUAUACAGCAUCUUUUUUAAACAGGUGGGUGAAAAAAAAUCUAUAAUAAAUCUCUAUAUAUAUAUUUAUUAUGUACAUUUACACGUAUGCAUCUGAGAUGCCCCAAGUGUCAGUAUGUGAUAGAGUCCGUAAGAAGCAAGACUCUUUCAGCUGUAUUGUAGUGCUUUAACAUGAGGAGAAAACAGAAGAUCAUUUCUGGUCUUGUAACAGCACAUCAUUUUUUUCAGUAUUUCAAGGUUGUCUCUGGUAUCUUUUUAAACCGUAAAACUUGAAAAACUGUACUUUGCUUAAUUUAGAGCUACUUUAUUUUGCUCAGUAUUGACUGAAUGAGCUAAGGUCUUUGAGUUGUAUUAAUAAUGUCUAAGCUGAAAUUUUGUUGGUUUCUCAUCUCGGUGAAUUCUCUAGACAUUCCAUGUAAAUGGACGUCAUGAAGAAGUUCCGGCUGGACAGAGGAGCAGUGUCCAGCCUGUGUUUCGUACCGUGUUGCAUUCGCUGAAUGUGCUGUAAUGGUAACACCCUAUGGUGGUUUAAGUGAUCGCAAAAACACUGAUUGACUGGUUUUACAUUGAGUUAACUGACCGUUUCGUCAUUUCCUGUUGUGUUUGAUCCAUAAAGACACUUAAUAUUGUAACACUUUAUUGCUAUCAUGUAUGGUUUUUAAACUCUGUGUGAGUAAAUGAGUACGAAUUCAAUUCCAGUGAGGAACAAUUUGCCAGUCAGUGCAAAUGGACUUUAUAUUUGGAAUGAUGUCGUCAAAAUAUUUGAUUUCUGCAUGCAGUCAGUUGUGAUGAUGAGUUGUCACUGAUGUCAAAUGUGCAUGUUUGGACUGCUAAAGCAAGAAUCUAAUUUUUUUUUCUUCCUGAAUGCACUGAUACGACUGUGCUGUAUUUUUGUUCAGUAACAAACUGCAUUAAAUCUUUGUGGAUGCUCUGAGUGAAAA